AUGCUCUCACGCAUCAAGAGGCAGCAAGAGGAGGCGCAGGCGGCCACCAGGUCUGGUGGUGAAAGCGCAAUAAAUCAACCGGGGCAGAAAGAAUCCAUGGCUGUUUUACGCCUCAAAAAUGAUUUAGACAAUUUAGACGGUAUUUGCAGCAAGGUUGUGAUUCCCGAUCCAGAUAACAUGCUGCGGAUGAAGGUCACCGUCCGUCCAUCCCGGCCUUCCAUUUGGCAUGGAGGAUUCUUCGAUUUCCUUCUAGAGUUCCGUGAGGAAUACCCGUACGAAGGCCCAAGAGUGCGGUACGUGGGGCCCAACCGAGUGUGGCAUCCGAACAUUGAGGGAAGUGAAUUUGCUGAAAAGGAAGGUAUGGAGAAGGCAUCACGAAAGACGGAGUGGAGUGUUUGUCUAAGUUUCCAGACGGAUUGGAAACCAACUUUCAGUCUUCGUGAUGUUAUUAUCAUGAUUGAACUCCUCUUCCAAGAUCCCAACCCUGAUGAUCCGCUACACGGAACGUCAAAACAGGCGGCACAGAUGAUGAAAGACGACCCUGUGAGGUUUAGGACGAAGGCUCGUUACUGGAUGAGUGGGCAUUAUAUCGACUGA